GGUUCGAACUGGUCUGUGUUGCGGCGAGGCUGUGCGCCUGUUUCGGGAAGGGGCGCCGCCGUCAUCGUUCCUUCCCUGGUCGAUUCUGCCCGGUCGCAACUCUUCGUUUCCUCCUUCUUCUCCUUCUCCCAAUCUCCUUCCAUCAGCAAUCUAUCGGCAUCCUCACCGCGCCAAACCCCAUCUCCGGUCUUUUCAUCGCCAAACUCGCUACAACACCGCCAUCGUUUCGAUCCUUAUUCAUUCGCUCUUACCCGAAAAAGGCACUUUCUCAAGGCACUUGGUUUUGCUUGGCACAGGCCGCGUCAUCCACAACGUCGGCAUCCGCAGUCUCCAUAACUUCACACGCAUCGCUCCUCUGCCCCCUCGCCAGUAACCAGCAUCAUGGCCACUGCUCAAUUUGCCCAGAUGGGCAGCCUCCCGCAUGCCCUCAAGCCGGAUCUUGAUAUGGAGUCGUUCUUCGACUUCAAUCAGGGCACUUCUCUCAACUCUCCUCAACUCUCGGGUCCUACCCCCCGCCCCUCGGUCGAUGCCUCGGCCUUCUACAGCGUCCCCUCGCCCUAUGAGGCAGACGACACCCAGAUGUUUGCCGGUCCCAGCCAUGAAUACGAUCGCUUCAAGCAGCAGACCGGCCUACCGGUUGGUUCCGUCGCCAGUUUCUCUGCCUUGAGCCAGCCCGUCUCUGACACUUUCACCCCCAGCCAUGCCUUUGGCGGUUUCAACUCGGGCAUUGACGACAUGACCUUUGACCACGGCUUCAAUGGUUCCUGGUCCUCUGGCAUUGAUGCCGAUGCCGACAUGAACAUGGACUUCAAUGCUCCACAGACCAUUCCGACCAUUUACUACCCCCAGGCUGGUCCUUCCCAACCUCGCUCCGCCGAUUUCGUCGAUCCCGCUUCUAUCGGUGCCAGUGAGGCCUCCCCCAGCAAUGUCGGCAGAGUCUGGCCUGGUAUGCAUCAACAACAGGCCCAGCAAGCAGCCAUGGCCAAGGCUCAGGUUCAGGCUCAUGCCCAGCAGCAAAGAAUGCAGUUCGAAGCCCAGCAACAGCAGCAGCAGAGACGUAUGGCACAACAGCAACAGCAACAACAACAACAAGCACAGCAGCAACAACUCGAAGUCAAGCCUAGCAGAAGUCGCGCUUCCUCAUAUCACACCGACCCUCACACCGAGGAAAGCAUCACACGCCUUCUCAACCAGAUGCGUCAAGGCAGUACCGGUCCUUCUGCCAAGGACGACUCGGCCAACGGCAUGCUUCCCCACGUCGCUCGCAUGCGCAAGGAAGAAGAAGACAUGGACGAGGACGAGCGUCUUCUCAACAGCGAAGAGGGCAAGAAGCUCAGCAGCAAGGAGAGACGUCAACUCCGUAACAAAGUAUCUGCCCGUGCAUUCCGCUCCCGCAGAAAGGAAUACAUCUCGCAGCUGGAAGGCGAGGUUGCCAUGAAGGCACAAGAGGCCAACGAGCUCAGAGUGGAGAACCGCAGCCUUGAAGAGGAAAAUGGUCGCUGCCGUCGUCUCAUCGAGGUUCUGCUGCGUCAUCCUGCCUACGCUCCUUUCAUCGAGGACAUCAGCAAAGACCCUAGCAUUGCUGGCCCCUUGGCUCAAGCUCAGCAGGGUACCGCUGGCUCGGUUCCUUCGCAGCGUCAGGGUGAAGCUCCCCUGGAUAUGUCUCUGCUGAACCUGAACAACGGUCUUCAGGUUCCUAGCAAUUUCCAGUAAGAAGAUGCGGCGAGUUGGUAGAAGAGCUCAAUGAGCUGCUCAUUUUCUUAUGUUGGCGACGUUUUGGCCAAGAAAGCCCACACUCAUUCGUUGCCGCUUGACAUGUUGUGGCAUAGCAUUCCCCUUUGUCAAGUCAUCCUCUCCUUGGUCCUCAAUGAUUCACUCUAUUCCCCCGCCUUGUGGCCGUGUUCUCGGGCAAAGUUGGCGUCUGGUUGUCAGUUUAUUCUCCUUCAUGAUGUAGAUAUUGCAAUUUCUUUCAUAGACUUGGAACUGGAGUUGACGGUCUGAAUUUUA